AUGAGCAUGGCGGCCACGGCCACGAGCAUCGACACCAUGAACGGCCACGCCAGCAAGCGACGCAAUGGCAAAGAUCCGCCGCCUGACGCAGACGCAGACCUGAUCGAGGUUGAGCCCAAGAACGGAACCACGGUCGAAAAGCUCAAAGCCUCGCCGCAGCGCAAAUAUCGCCACGUCGCGGCGGUGCACUCCAAGAGUCGGCCGUCCUGCCUGAGCCACGACUCGGACGCCGCGCCAAGCUUCAUCGGCUUUCGAAACCUCAUGGUUAUUGUUCUAGUUGUGGGCAAUGUCCGAUUGAUGAUUGAAAACUUGAAAAAGUACGGCGUAUUGAUAUGCCUUCGAUGCCAUUCAUACAAAAAGGAAGAUCUUCUUCUUGCUGUACUUCUCUACUUCUUGAUACCUUGCCAUCUCCUGGUCGCAUACGGAAUCGAACUAGCUGCUGCCAAGCAAGCCCGAGCAUCUGGAAAGCGCCUCAAGGCCGGAGCCCCUGCGCAACCCGAGCAUGAUCAGAAGCCGUUUCAUUCGACCUGGACGGUCAUCGCCUGGGCGCAUGGCAUAAACAUGACACUUUCCCUUUUCCUCACGACCUUUGUGGUCUACUUCUACGUCCACCACCCCCUCGCCGGCACUCUUACGGAAAUGCACGCCCUCAUUGUGUCGCUCAAGACGGCAUCGUACGCCUUUACAAACCGCGACCUUCGCCACGCCUACAUGCACCCGGCCGAGGGCCAUCUCGUCCCUGAACUCUACUCGCAAUGCCCCUACCCACGCAACAUCACCUUUGGCAACCUCAUGUAUUUCUGGUGGGCACCCACGCUGGUGUACCAGCCCGUCUAUCCUCGCACCGACAAGAUUCGAUGGGUGUUUGUGUUUAAGAGACUGGGCGAGGUGUUUUGCCUCAGCGCCUUCAUCUGGUUUGCGAGCUUCCAGUACGCCGCUCCGGUGCUGCAGAACUCUCUGGACAAGAUUGCGUCGCUGGACUUUGUCAUGAUCCUGGAACGUCUCCUCAAGCUGUCCACCAUUUCUCUCGUCAUCUGGCUGGCCGGCUUUUUUGCUCUUUUCCAGUCCUUUCUGAACGCCCUUGCCGAGGUUCUCCGCUUCGGCGACCGCUCCUUUUACGACGACUGGUGGAACAGCGAAAGCUUGGGAGGCUACUGGAGGACGUGGAACAAGCCCGUCUACACGUAUUUCAAGCGCCAUGUAUACGUUCCCAUGGUCGGUAGGGGAUGGAGCCCCUGGGCUGCUAGCGGCACCGUCUUUUUCGUUUCCGCCGUGCUGCACGAAGUGCUUGUGGGCGUUCCCACCCACAACAUUAUCGGCGUCGCCUUUUUGGGAAUGUUCUUGCAGCUUCCCCUUAUUGCCAUCACAGCACCAUUGGAAAAGAUGAGGUGGGGACAUACAGGCCGAGUUAUGGGCAACGUGAUUUUCUGGGUUUCCUUUACCAUAUUUGGCCAGCCCUUCGCAGCAUUGAUGUACUUUUAUGCCUGGCAAGCCAAGUAUGGCAGUGUCAGUCGACGGUCGGGGCUUGUGUCGCAGACUUGA